GGAGUGUGUCAUAAACACAGCAAGGUGUGGUUUCUCUCCAAAAGCAGCCAAGCUUCCGUCUAUUCACAGCAGAGCAUUAUCUGCGCAACAGGAGACGGGGAGGGGGAGAAAGUCCGUCCUCUCUGUCCGGACAGCAGAGCAGACUAAAACGACUAAAAAAUAAUAAUAACUCAAACUAAUUCGCAAACAUGAGUAUGUACGGCUCUAAUCCAAAACUGGCCACCAUGGGCCCGAGAAGUAAUUCACGACCGGAUUUGGCUAGUUCAAGUUUUAGAAACGACGUAUUCGUCGGUGGAAACGGCUACCACGGAGAUUACCAAGCCGGGGACGGCGCAGGAUACACCAGCUUCACCUACUCCAGGUCCUCCAUGCACGGCGGGGGAGGACAGAAGGGGCAAAUUAGCAUGGGUGGAGGCGGAGGUGGUGCAAUGAGCGCAAUGGCUAUUCAGCAAAAAGCAGCUUUCCUGAUAACCCAGUGUCAAGAGUACCUGCAGAGAGCAAAGACGAUCCUCCACAGUGGGGGUCCGGCUGUGGAGGCAGAGAGGCUGCUGAUCAUGGCGUCUGAAGUCAUAGAGCAGAUGAAGUUCUGUGGCAGAGAACUGCAGCAAAUGCGUAUUCCAAAUGAUGUCUUUAGAAAUGUGGAACAAUUCCAGCACAUGCAUGCUGGAAUCCAACAGCAGUUACUUGGGGGCAUGACCACAAAACGCCACAGAGGAAGUACAAGCUCCCUUGAUGGUGGUGGGAGGAUGUUUAAUGAUGCCAUGGCCUGGAUUGGCCAACAGAAGCGCAUGAUUGAGACUGCUCCAUGGGGAGAUGACUCUGCCACCAUUGAAAAGCAAAUCAUGAGCCACAGCAAAACUCACAGCUCUCUGCAGAGGAGCCACGAAGUAGACCGUGCCAGAGAUGAAUUGAACUCGAAGGGCGACAAGUACAACCUCUCAAUCCUGGAUCAAGAAUGGGACAGUCUGCAGAAAAUGUCCCACGGCCGUAUAACUCAGCUGCGUGACCUUCAGAGCAUAAUCGAGGAGAUCUCCAGAGCCAUAAUGUGGGUGAAUGAGCGAGAGGAGGAGGAGCUCAUGUUUGACUGGGGAGACAAGAACGUCGACAAGUAUAUCCCUAUGAAGCAAGAGAACUACUCAAGGAUGAUGAGCGAACUGGAGGAGAAAGAGAAAGAGCUGAACAAGCUGAAGGUGAAAGCAGAUGGACUUCUUCACAACGACCACCCUGCCGCGGAUAAGAUUCAAGCCUACAUGGACACCUUGCAGACCCAGUGGAGCUGGCUUCUCCAGAUCACCAAGUGUAUACAUGUUCAUUUGAAGGAGAAUGCUGCCUACAGCCAAUUUUUCAAAGAGGCCAAUGAGACCAAUGCGAAGCUGCAGAAGGAGCAUGACGCCAUCCGAAGCAAGUUCACCUGCAACAAGAACACCCCGCUGGAAAACCUCACUGACCUCCUGAAAAACCUGGAGAAAGAGAAGGCAAGAAUCGUGGAGAACAAGAGGCAGGUCCAGAGUCUGGUCAACAAAUCUAAGACCAUUGUCAGGCUGAAACCUCGCAACCCUGAGGAUAAGAGCAGCAGCCCCAUCAUAGUGCAGGCUUUAUGUGACUUUAAACAUGACCAGAAGGGAAUUUUAAAAGGGAAUGAGGGCAUCCUGAAGGAUAACUCGCAGCGCAGUAAGUGGCUUGUGACAGGACCUGGAGGUCUGGACAUGUUGAUUCCCUCUGUGUGUCUGCUGAUCCCCCCGCCAAACCCACUCAGCAUUGGCAUCGCCAGCAAGAAUGAGCAGUAUUAUGAAGCCAUCAUGGGCAUCUGGAAUCAGCUCUACAUCAACAUCAAGAGUCUUAUCUCGUGGCAGUACUGCGUGAAAGACAUCAAAUACAUCAACUCCCUCACACUCAGCAUGCUGUCUAAGAUGGGCCCUGAAGAGUACCGCAGUAUCAUCAAAAGACUGGAGACUCACUACCAAGAGUUCCAGCAAACCAGCAAAGGUUCUGAGCUGUUUGGAGAAGAGGACAAGAAAACUAUCCAGGGCCACUUUGAUAAAGCUCAGACCCACUAUGACACACUGAUUAUCCAGCUUCCUACUUACAAGGAGGGAGAGACGAAGCCACCCCCAAAACCACCCAGUUCUACCCUCAGCCUCAACCUGCUCAGUAGUUUGCAAGAGCUUCGACGCAGGCUGGAGAUGUCCGAGUCAGGUCUCACCAGUCAUCUGCACGUUCGCCUGGGGGAGAACAGUGUGCAUGAGUGUUCAUUGCACAUCCAGAGGCUGCAGGCUGUGCACCAAGAUUUGGACUCAAUUCAUGAUGAGAACCUGCGCACAAGAGAAAAGAUCAUGAAACAUCUGGAGGGGAUACCUCCAGACUCCGAGCAAGCCAAGUUCCUCCGCUCUGAACUGGAAAUCAUCCAGCAAAAACUGGGAGGCCUGCAGGGUCUCUACACAGCCUACAUUCAAAGGCUGUCAGCUCUGAAGACUUUGCUCCAGAGCCUCUUCCAAGUCGAAGAUAUCAUUAAAGUCCACGAGGCACGGCUAACAGAGAAGGAUACCACCUCUCUGGACCUUCGAGAGGUGGAAAACUAUCGGAACAUACUAAAGCAAAUGAAGAGUGAACUGGAGCAAAAAAGAGACCUGCUGACAACACUGGAGUCUGAACUAGCUAAAGCAACGCAUUGGAAUGACCAAAUCUCCGGGUCCUUCCACAAGUGCGACGUGGACUUGUCCAAGUACUCCGAGCUGGUGGCUCAGAUGUCUGACCGUUGGCGCCGCGUCCAAUCCCAGAUUGAUAGCAGAGUAUGGGACUUGGAGAAGCAUGAGAAACAGCUGAAGCAUUAUCAGCAGUGCAGCACUUCCCUGGAAGAUUGGAUACACAAUGCCAGGAAGCGCCAGGAUACCCUUCAAUCAGCUAAGCUUAGUGACAUCCAGACUCUAAUGGACCGCCUCAACCAACAGAAGGCACUUCACACUGAAAUUAAAGGAAAGAAGGAGAAAGUAGAGGAUAUGCAGAAAAAUGCAGACACCUGUGCUGCCUCCAUAAAGGACUAUGAGCUGCAGCUGGCUUCCUACAGUGCAGGCCUGGAAACUCUGCUUAAUAUUCCGAUCAAGAGAACAAUGCUUCAGUCCCCCGCUUCUGUUGUCAGACAAGAGGCAGCUGACCACCAGUCCAACUACAUAGAGCUACUAACCCGCUCCAGUGACUACUACAAGUUUCUAGGGGAGCUGCUGAAGAACAUGGAAGAGCUUAAGAUUAGGAACACCAAGAUUGAGAUGCUGGAGGAGGAUCUUAGGCGUGUGAAGGAUGACAUCCAGAAUCGUGACCAGAAAUGCAGGUCUCUGGAGGAUCUUUUGGCUCGCCUCAGGCUGGAUCUCAGUCAAGCACAAGAACAGCUUCAGACUGUGGAGGAAGUGAAGCAAACAACAGUAUUGCGGGCUAAUGCUACCAAGGACAGCCUGGACAGCACACAGAACCAGCUUCAGGAACUUAAUGACCAGCUGACGCGCAUUAAAUACCAGUUGGAGGAGGAAAAAAGGAAAAGAAGGUUGGCAGAGGAGCGCUACACAAGUCAACAGGAAGAGUAUGAAGAGACUGUUCGCCGCAGACAGAAAGAACAGGAGGAGCUCAACUGGAUCAAGAUUAAUUUGGAAAAGUCUGUGAAGGACAAGGAAUGUGAACUGCAGAGGAUGAAGAUGCUACUGGAGGAGGAAACGACACGUCGACGAAACGCUGAAUCUGAAAUCUCAAAGGUAAGAACACAGUGCACCCAAGAGAUUAAGCAACUUAAGCAGACAUACGAGACAGAGAUCCAUGUUACCAAGACCACGAUACUGAAAGCCUCACAACAGAAGGAAGAAGACGUUGCAGAACUGAGACUGCAAAUUGACAGACUCACUGCUGAGAAGAGAGAUCUAGAGGAGGAGCUGAGAAGACUGAGACAGUCUGUUGCUCACACAGAAGAACAGAGAAGCAGGGCAGAGCAGGAGGCCAACCAGCAGAGGGCCUCAGUGACACAAGAAACAAGGAUGCGCAGUGAGUUGGAGAUUCAGCUGAGAACACUUGUGCAGCAGAGAGGAGAUGACGAGCUCAAACUAAAGGAGGCUACCAAGAGCAAUCAAGAAAAGUCCAGGCAGAUCAGCAUGCUAACAUUUACCCUGGAGGAGGAGGGGAAAAAGAGGAGAGCUCUGGAAUUGGAAAUCAGUCACCUGAAACAGGCUGAGGCAGAGCUGAAGUCAAAGAACUCCUCAUAUCUGGAGACAAUUAACAAGCUUAAAGUGUCCGAGCAGGAGAUCCACAUCACUCGAGCAGAGCUGCAGAAGCAGACCAGUGAGAAAACCAAGGCUGAGCAGGGUACAGCCCGGCUGCAGAGCCGCAUCCGAGAACUUCAGUGCUCUCUGGAUGGGAUGGAAGCUGAGUUGGAGAAGCAAAAGAAGGCAAACCAGGAGGAGUUCACACGUAGAAAGAGAAUGGAGGCAGAGUUGGAGAGGAUGACACAUACAUGCAGAGAACACACCACCACAAUUAGCACACUGAAAUCUGUCCAGAUAGAGGCUUCUAGCUCUGGAAGAAAGUAUCAGCAGGACCUCAAUGCCCUCCAGGAGGCUCUGGACAAGAGUUUGCGGGAGCAUAAAGUCACCAAGCAGGAACUGGCAGCUAUCACAGCUGAGCUGAGGGCCCUUAAAAUUAAGCUCCAGCAGGAAGAGACUCGGAUUCUUGAGCUUAACCAACGGAAUGAGAGCCUGUAUCAGACCAUUGAGAUGAAGUCCAGCCAGCUGAAUGAAUACACUACAGAGAUUGAAAAGCUGAAGACUAUGACGCAGAACCUGACAAAGGAGAGACUGAGGUUGGAGGAGGAGCUGAGAACAGUUAGACAGGAGAAAGAUAGCCUGAAGAAUAGCAAAGACACCAUUGAUGGAGAAAGUGCUGCUCAGAUCUCAUCCCUGCAUGUCCAGCUUCAGAGUAGCACCAAGAGGACAAUGGAGCUCCAGACUCUAAUCAAUGACCUGACCAAGGAGAGAGAAAAGCUUAAAAUGGAAAUAGACAAAAUCCAAAAGCAGUCAAUCGAGACAUCCAUGGUGGUGCACGAGUCCCAUAGCAAGUACAGUGAGCUGCUGCUGGACAGGGACAGUUUGCUAACCAAGCUUAAACUGCUGGAGCAGGACAAAAACCGCCAUCAUCGCAUAGAUGAGGAGCUCACCCGCAUAAAGCUCACACUAGAGACUGAGCUCCGCAACAAACAACGGCUGCAAGAUGAAAAGAACGCCAUCCACAAGGAAUUCAACUACAUGAAGACCCAGUAUGAGCUAAAAGAUACCCAGAUUAGGCAGUGUGAAUCAGACAGAGACAAGGCUGAUCGAGAAAGACUCUCCCUGAAGAAUGAGAUUGAAAGGCUCAUGAGGGAGCUUAAGAGUGUAGAGGAGAGGUACAAGAGCCGUCUGUUGAUCUCUGAAAAGGAGGCAUCAGACCUGGCUCUUAAGAGAGACGCCCUUGAGAGAGAGAUACAGAGGCUGCAGCAGAGACCCAGCACUCUAAACAGGCAGACCCAGACAGAUGAGAAAGUCCCAACUGUCGAUCCAUCCAAGCUGAUAUUUGAUGGGGUGCGACGCAAGGUCACAGCCCACCAGCUUUGUGACUGUGGUAUAAUAAGUAAAGCCACACUAGACCAGCUUCUAAAGGGAAAGAAGACAGUGGAUGAGGUAGCUGUGGAUAUCCAGCUUAGUCUUAAGGGUUCUGGUGUUAUUGCUGGCAUGAUAACAUGUUCUCAAGGGAAAAUGCCAUUCACUGAAGCCAAAAACAAGAAGCUCCUCACCCCAGAGAGUGCUCUCAUGCUCCUGGAAGCUCAGGCAGCAACCGGAUACAUAAUUGACCCUGCAUUUAAUGAGAAGAUGCCUGUGGAUACAGGUUGUUCAAGAGGAAUUGUAGACACAGAAGACAGAGACACCUUGGUGACCGCUGAAGCAGCUAGUACAGGUUUCAAAGAUCCAUACUCUGGCAAAGUGUUAUCUGUAGGUCAGGCUUACAAACAGGGCCAUGUAGACAAAGAAACAGCAAUUCGCUUGCUCCAGGCUCAAGAGUCUGUCGGAGGCAUACUGGAUCCUGUUUUAAGUGUGUUCCUUCCAAAGGAUCUGGCCUUGGAUCGCAAUCUUAUUGAUGAAGACCUCUACAGGGCUUUGAACAAAAAACCCACCUGCUACCUGGAUCCAGCGACAGGAGAGAAGAUAAGCUAUAAUGACCUCAGGAAGAAGUGUACAGUAGAACCAGUUUUCGGCUUGCUUCUGCUCCGUGGUCCAGAAAAGGCCAUGACAGUAAAAGGUCUCCGUCGUGACAUCUCUCUUAAAGAGCUCAAAGAUUCUGGUCUGCUGGAUGAAACUGAUUUGGAGAAGAUCGAGAAAGGCCAGCUCACCUGCAAAGAAAUUGAAGACCGGCUUAAGAAAUAUCUCCAUGGCAGUACCUGCAUUGCAGGGAUCUUUGAUGAAGCCAAUGACCGAAUACUGCCUUUCUAUCAGGCAAUGAAGGAAGGUCUGCUCAUGAGAGGAACCACACUGGAGCUUCUUGAGGCCCAAGCUGCUUCUGGCUUCAUUGUUGAUCCAGUUAACAAUAUCUUCCUGACAGUAGAAGAUGCCGCAAAGAGAGGCCUGAUAGGAAAAGAGUUUAAGCCCAAGCUGUUGUCUGCAGAGAAGGCAGUAACUGGAUACAAAGACCCAUCCACAGGAAAGAUCAUCUCCCUCUUCCAGGCUAUUGAGAAAGAGCUUAUUGAGAAAGGUCACGGAAUUCGUCUUCUUGAGGCUCAAAUUGCCAGCGGUGGAAUUAUUGACCCCAAAGAGAGCCACCGUAUCGAUGUUGCUGUUGCCUAUAAUAGGGGAUAUUUUGAUAAGGAGAUGAAUGAGAUCCUAACAUAUGAAGGCGAUGACACAAAAGGAUUCUUUGACCCUAAUACUAAGGAUAACUUGACAUAUCUUCAGCUGAAGGACAGGUGCAUCACAGAUAAAAAAACAGGCCUAAUACUCUUGCCACUCCAUGACAAGAGGAAACCCAAGAAGUCACAAGAGAGCCGUACCAAUGUCCUUCGCAAGAGGCGGGUUGUGAUCGUUGACCCAGACACUGGGCUGGAGAUGUCAGUGAGGGAGGCAUAUCACCGGGAGCUCAUUGAUUAUGACACUUUCCUGGACUUAUCGGAGCAGGAAUGCGAGUGGGAGGAAAUAACUAUCAACGGGUCUGAUGGCUCUGCACGUUUGGUGAUAGUUGAUAGGAAAACAGGAACCCAGUAUGACAUCAAGGACUGCCUGGAACGUGGUAUCAUUGAUCAGAAGUCUUUGGAUGAAUAUCGUGCUGGAACAAUAACAUUGACCCAGUUUGCUGAUAAUAUUACCAACAGAACCAGCAGCAGUGAGAUGACCAUCGCAGCCAGUAGUGUUGAUGACAUGGUCAGAUGCAGCAGUCCCACCCAUGCCACACCUUCUUCUCCUACUGUCCGUAAACGCUUCAGCAGUAUUUCUAUUACUGUUUCUCCCCCUGAGAUGUUUGAUGAUCAGAGCCCUGUGGGAGCUAUAUUCGACACAGAGACCUUGGAGAAAAUAACUAUUCUUGAAGGGCUCCGAAGAGGCAUAGUUGACACUCUUACAGCACAGAGGCUAUUGGAGGCUCAGGCAUGCACAGGCGGCAUUAUCAACCCUGCUACUGGUGAGAGACUGACCCUGCAGGAUGCUACCCAUCAGGGCAUCAUUGAUGAAAGCAUGGCGAGUAAGCUGAAACCUGCCCAGAAAGCCUUUCUUGGUUUUGAGGAUGUGAAGACUAAAAGAAAGAUGUCUGCAGCAGAGGCGGUGAAAGAGUCAUGGCUGCCUUAUGAAGCUGGCCAUAGAUUUUUGGAGUUUCAGUACCUGACAGGAGGCCUGAUAGAGCCUAGCACUGGACGUCGCAUCACCAUUGAAGAGGCUAUCCGCAAAAGCUGGCUAGAUGGUCAGGGGGCCCAGAAGCUUCAGGAUUCACGCAACUACCAAAAGAAUCUGACCUGUCCCAAGACAAAACUGAAGAUCUCCUACAAGGAAGCCAUGGACAGCUGCAUGGUGGAGGAAAGCAAUGGUAUGAAGAUGCUGCAGGCCUCUUCAAUAUCCUCCAAGGGAAUAAGCAGCCCUUAUAAUGUCUCUAACCCAGGAUCUCGCUCUGGGUCCAGGGCUGGUUCUCUUGCUGGCUCCAGGAGUGGAUCUCGUAGAGGCAGUGUGGAUUACUCCUCUUCUUAUAGCUACAGCUUCUCCUCCAGCAGUACCACCUAUAGCUCCAACACUCAAUCCUAAUUCACAGCACAGACAAAGAAUGAAACUAGCCUAGUUACUACCAGAAGUUUCUUUGCAGUUUGCUUUUUUAAACAUGUUUCUGCUACCAGUGAGAUUUUGGAAAAUUUGUUUUAAUACUAAAUCCGAUGCUGAAUUCAUUUAAGUAUUUUGAUUUUGUCUUUGCAGUUUUUGGUGUUUUGGUGUUUCAAUAUAUAUAUCUUAUACUAAUGCAUACAUUUGAAAUGAAUAUGUCACAGCUCAUAUUAAUAUAAUGCUUUUUUAGAAUUUGUUGAACUCAGCUUUAUCAUGCAGUCAAAACUAAUUUGGCUACUUUUUAUUCUUAGUGCAGCUUGACUCAUGAAUGUUUUUUUUUUUAUUCUUAGAAAAAAAACAUUUAUUGUCAAUUGCAAAUUGUUUAAACUUUGAUAAUGUAAUGAUCAGCUAUGAAAAUCCAUUUACACUACUAUGUUAUUCUCAAGUGAUUAAAAAUAAAGUUGUCAUAAAACGU